AGCAGCAAUGUGCUUUCCAGGGCUGACCACAAUGAAGGAAUGUCACCAGCAGGAAGGUUUGGCCGUCGAGGUUCGCAGGGACAUACUCUGUCAGAUGAACUAACGGCAAUUCAGCAAUGGGCAAAAGAAGUCAUUGAACGUGUUGCAGGCACACGAGGCCUCGAGGUGUGUCGCUUAGGCUACUUGCAUCCAACUAAGUUGUCUCCGAUGAUAUUGAUGAGCCAGGUGACAAGGGCAGGGACGAGCGGUUGAUGAACCUAGCUACAACAGCUCUGAACUUGGUCAACCGUGCUGUUGACAAUCCGGAGUUGUUUGAGGGAAUCUUUGAAGAAGCUACAAAUCUGCUAUCAGGAUUGGGCUUGAAAAAAAACAGUGGAGGGCCCUCAACUCCAGUGAAUGAACACGACAAUGGCAGCCCGACGGUACCUGGCAACAAUGAGAUUGACGACAUUGAUUGGGAUGAUCCUGAGAACGAAAGCCCACCAGUUGCAACACAAGAACAGAUUGAUAGUGACAACCUCUUAGCUAGGAACAUGGAAGCUAUGUUCAAUGAAGCAGACUUCGUGGGGAGUGAAGUGGCAGUGAUUGGGACACCCAAUGUGGCAACAGGAGGCGAGAACAUGGAGCAGCAGGUUGCAUCUCCUGUGGGGCAAGACACGGUUGAUGAAGACCACAUAAAUUACCUGCUAUCAUGUAUGAACACUUGCAUCCGAUGGAUUUCAUGGAUUGGAGCAAUGUUGGUAGUUGGAAGCGGGAGGCCCGGCGAUGUUACAGACGUUGAUCCUCCAUGCAAUGGACUGAUACUACUGGGUUGGCAUGAUGAAGGCCACGAAGCACAAGCUGAGGCUAGCAGGGAGGGGGUACGUAAUAGCCAGAAGAAGAAAUCCUGGAGACGGAUUGUGGAUGUUACGACGAAUUGUAAACCUGGCCCAGCAUACCGUAGGGAAGACGAAGACGGGGGUGAAGGACCUGCUUCGACAAAGAGACUAGCUGCUGAAGGAGGUGCCUCUGCAGCCAGAUUCCAGCAGGCUAUUAUGAGCUAUCUGAAACAAUGUGGGAUGGAGUGCAAUAAUAACCAGCGGAGCAAGGAGCAUGGGGCUGGGAUGAAGGCACAUACUGAUCAAGAUAGCUCAAAGGGUAAAUGCGGUUGGGGGGACAAUUACCCAGAAUUUGUUGGUCUAUCCCAUGAUGAACCGUCGAAGGGGAGUAUUGAGAAGUUCCAUGCUAACAUGAUGCAUUGCCCCGAUACAGUACUGAAAAGGAAAUGGGUGAAGCACUUCUAGCCAAUACUGGCAGUGGCAUCCGGCCAGGACAUUAAGGACGAACUCACUCUGGGUGGUGCUCUGACAUUUAACCUCAUGACAUGCAUAGUGCGCGCACUAGUGGAGAAAGAUAAAAAGAUGUACAAAGGCUGGCUGGACAGAUGGAGAGGACUCUUUGAUCCUAGAUUUGUGGAUGAGGUGUGUAAAGACGAUGAGGAUAAGGACUGGGAUUACAUAUACAGCAUGAUGGACUCUAAGUCGAUGGGGUACAGAAUUGAGUGGCUGACCAAGUUCAUGUUCCUGGUGCACCUCAUGGACUGUUGGUCUAUGUACAUCCUGGACACAAACAAGAAGGUGAUGAUGGUGCUCGACCCAACAGAAACCAAUCCAACAGAUGAGAUGAAGAUAAAGCAUGAUUCGCUCGCUAGGAAGUUCCAGCAGAGAUUUUGCUGUCUUAUGAAUGACGUGUUUGGUGUGUUUGGUGGUGAGCUAGUCGAGACAGGUGGAUGGUCUUUUGUUUACCCUCUGGUCGCACAACAUGAGCCAUGCAGCAGUGAGGACAGUGGAGUUUACAUGGUGCACUACUUCAAGGAGUUCACCGGGCUUUACCUACGCUCGACUCUGAACCAGUCUUUUCGACAGGCACAAAUCGAUGACAUGUAGAAGAAGCUAGCUUACGAGAUAGUGACGAUGAAGGGGAACAAGGGGGACAUCCCGGAGUUCCUUUAUGAAGCGACCAUUGACUGAACUUGGAGGGAAAAGUGAUAUGAUCGGUAAAAAAUAGAGCCUGGCAAUAUCUUUUGGCGGCACGAGUGCUUGGCGUUUAGAACGGCCAACAGAUAAAAUGUUGGAAAUUUGGUAGCAGAUGGACAACCACCCCCCCCCACCCUAGCUAGUAAUUUUUAUGCACUAUGGUACUGUAAUGUAAUCGUAGAUGGACCCUAAAUUCAGACUAGAUGAACUUGUGUGGUAUGGUAUUGUAGUGUGCUCGUGCAUGGA